CCAAGACCAGAAAUCAUGGAGAAACCCAAAUUUAGAGUCAUCAUUGUUGGAGGGUCAAUUUCUGGUCUGACUCUGGCCCAUUGUCUGGCCAAAGCGAAUAUUGACCAUAUCAUCCUUGAAAAACGAGCCGAGAUAGCUCCUCAAGAAGGCGCCUUCAUAGGAAUCUGGCCAAAUGGAGCCCGAAUCUUGCAACAACUGGGGGUCUAUGGUACCCUUGAAAAGCUCACCGCACCUCUAAGCCGAAUGCAUAUCUCCUUCCCGGAUGGAUAUUCAUUCAGCAGUUUGCUACCCAAGAAAGUCCAUGAAAGAUUUGGCUACCCUAUAGUUUCUCUGGACCGCCAAAAGGUUCUAGAAAUAUUGUUCAAACACUACCCUGCCACGUCAAACGUCAUCACCAACAAGCGUGUAUCGGAAAUACGUCUCGGACCUGAGCGCGCCAGUGUAUUAACAGACGACGGGGAUGUAUUUGAGGGCGAUCUCAUUGUGGGCGCAGAUGGCGUCCAUAGUCAUACCCGGUCAGAGAUGUGGCGGUUGGCUGAUGCCAUGGAUCCUGGGUACAUUUUACAAAGCGAAAAGAAAGGUCUGAAGGUUGAAUAUACGUGCGUUUUUGGGAUAUCGAAGCCGAUACCCGGCCUUGAAACUGGAGAACAUAUAAACCGGUAUGGAGACAAGUUUUCCGUGAUCACGUUCCAUGGCAAGGAUGGCCGAGUGUUCUGGUUCAUUAUCCACAAACUCGACCAAGCAUAUGUCUAUCCCAAUGUUCCCCGCUAUUCACCGGAUGACGCAGCCAACCUUUGCAGUAAGUUGGCUGACAUUACCAUUUUGGGGGAUAUUUGUGUUGGUGAUCUUUGGAAGAAUCGAGUUGUCGCAUCUAUGACGGCACUUGAGGAGGGACUGCUCGAAACCUGGCAUUUUAAUCGCAUAGUUCUUCUCGGGGACAGCGUGCACAAGAUGACACCAAACAUUGGUCAGGGAGCAAACACAGCUAUUGAGGAUGCUGCUGUUUUAGCCUCACUGAUUCAUCGACUUGUCCAUGUGGAUGGCAUUCCCAGCAUAUCUCAGGCUCACAUUGAAUCAAUGCUUCGGGAGUAUCGACGCUUGCGAUACGAACCUGCAAAGAGUACAUACGAGCGAUCUAGAUUUGGAGCUCGCUUUCACACGCGUGAUGACUGGGUCAAGGCGUUUGCUGGCCGUUAUGUCUUUCCCUUUAUAGGUGGCUUUGUAGAACGGGGAACUGCCAAGGUUCUGUCUCGGGGGAAAUGGUCGAUUUCCUUCCAUUCCCCGAACGAUCCGGGCCGGGCUGGGUUCAAAAAGUUUCCAAGGAUCAGAAGGGCCAGACAGCUGCUCAACUACGAUGGAGGCUUCUUUGGAUCUUUCCUAUCACGCUUUGCUGGGCCUUUCUGUGGAUUCGACCUUAUCAAGCGUGAUCUUUCUCUGGCGACUUAUCGCUUCAUUUGA